ACAUUUAUUACCUUUUACAACAUGCUAACAGCUCAAACACAGGUACCUGAUCGAUGGUCGUGAAGAGACGCUCUGCCUCGGCUGAAACUCUUCCUUAAAUACUGAAAACAAAAUGCUUCCCUCGGAGGAGAAAAGAAGGUGUUAGGGUACAAAACGCUAACCAGGCUGAUGACGUUUGCUGUGGGCUCGGUGGGGCUUCUGUCGGCCUUCCUGCUGGUGUUCACGCCUGUGUCGGCUGGGGCCUGUUCACCUGGGGAGUUUACCUGCUCUCAGGGAUUCUGUGAGUGUGACUUCACAGACAACUGUGGAGACGGCAGCGACGAGAAGGACUGUUCAGGAUAUAAGAGAUGUGACUUUGAGGAGGGAUUCUGUGACCUGAUCCAGAGCUCAGAGAAUGGACCAGGAUGGACCAGAACCACUGAGGUGCAGGGACUCCAACAUGACCACACCAACAACACAUCGGCACAUUUCUUGUCUCUUGUACCUGCCAGAGGAAACAGAACCACAGCAGACCUGAUCAGUCCUGUCUUCCUGCCCAGUCAGACUUGUCAGCUGAGUUUCUACUAUUAUGUAGAAGCACAAAACGCAGAUCUUCAGGUCCUGGUUCAGACUCAAACUCCGGGUCAGAGCACAGAGGUGUGGAAAGUCUCCUCAGGCCAUCAGUUGGAAACAUGGCUGCAGGAAGUGACAAAGUUUUCCAGCAAUCACCUUUUUCAGGUGGUAAUCCGAGGGCAACUUCCCGCAGACAGCGAAGCCUCCGGGGUCCUGGCCGUCGAUGACCUAUCCUUCAGUCUGGGCUGCCUGACUCUGCCUGGUACCGCUACCAUUAAUAACACCUCACUUAACAGACACGACAAGUUCAGACCUUGACAUUUUGAAAUAUCA